AUGGCCGAUCAAUCUCCAACGGGCUUCGGCCCAUGUCUGAAGAAUUACUUAAACAACAUUUCUUUUUCUGAUGCCGUCAUCAGAUGCGGAAAUCGAGAGUUUGCAAUACACCGGAUCGUCCUCUGUUGCCAUUCCGAAUACUUUGCGAAACAGCUCGAUGGACCUUGGAAGGAGAGCUACGAGAGAGCCAUUGAAAUAGUCGACUUUGAUGUCAGCUUGGUAGAGGCGAUGAUCUACUUUACGUAUCAUCUGAAUUACGAUAUACCGAAUGGUAGCUCUGCAAUGGUCUUCAACGCAAAGAUGUAUCAAAUCGCAGACAAAUACGCAAUGAGCACCCUGAAAACUUUUGCCCAGGGGAAAUUCAGCACUUCGAUCAAACAGGACUGGGAGGAGGGUGAAUUCCCUGACACAAUCAGCUUGGUGUAUACUUCGACACCUUCCACUGACAGAGAGCUGAGAGAUAUAGCCGUGAUUACUUCACUUAACAACCUUAGUAUCUUGAUAGACCGGGACGACUUCAAGACUGAACUGGCGUCGAAUGCGGAUUUUGCCAUCGAUAUCAUCCGAUUCCAAGGGAACGAGUCCUGGAAUCAUCAACGUUAUACUUCUGCAGAUGCGGAGGUUUAG